AUGGCGACGACGACCGCAAACGCUGCUGCGAUCCUUCAAGUGCUGACUCAAGGGCUCGGCAAGACGUUGCCUCCGCAUCCGGGCAAGAACUUGACUGUGCCGCAAGCGCCCACCCGCUCGCCUAUCCUCACCGAACGUGAGUACCAAUUGGCAAUCAAGAACGCGCUGAGGUACUUCCCUAAGGAAUGGCAUGCGACGCUGGCGCCCGAAUUCGCUGCCGAACUCAAGGACGAAGGACACAUUUACAUGCAUCGCUUCCGUCCCACAGCGUACGAAAUGAAGGGGUACCCCGUGGAGGCGUACCCGGGCAAAAUCACAGCGGCGAACGCGAUCAUGAUGAUGAUCAUGAACAACUUGGACAAAGCGAUCGCGCAAUUUCCCGCGCAUUUGAUCACAUACGGUGGAAACGGCAGCGUCUUUAGCAACUGGGCGCAGUACUUGUUGGUCAUGCAAUACUUGAGCCAAAUGACCGAGGACCAAACGCUCGUACUCUACUCCGGCCACCCGUUGGGUCUCUUUCCUAGCUCGCCGGACGCGCCGCGUGUGAUCGUGACCAACGGCAUGAUGAUCCCCAACUACUCGACUCGCGAAAUGUACGACAAGCUGUAUGCGCUGGGCAACACCCAGUAUGGCCAAAUGACGGCCGGCAGCUACUGCUACAUCGGGCCUCAAGGGAUCGUUCACGGCACGACCAUCACCGUCAUGAACGCGUGCCGCAAGUAUCUCCACCGCGAAGACAUGAAGGGUGUAGUGUACGUGUCGUCUGGCCUCGGCGGCAUGAGUGGUGCCCAGCCCAAAGCCGGGGUUAUUGCCGGCAUGAUCUCGGUGACGGCCGAAGUCGACUACUCUGCAAUUGAAAAGCGCUACGCUCAAGGUUGGGUGAACGAGAUCGCGUCGACGUUGCCGCAGUGCUUGAGCAUGAUCCGCGCCGCGCGCAAGGACCAACGCGUCGUGUCCAUUGCGUACCACGGCAACAUUGUGGACUUGUGGGAAGCGUUGGCCGACGCCGCCGACAAGGGCGAGCUCCUCGUCGAGCUCGGGUCGGACCAAACGUCGCUCCACAACCCGUUCAACGGCGGGUACUACCCCGCCGAAAUCUCGUUCGAGGAAUCGCUCGUCCUCAUGGCGUCCGACCCCCCUGCGUUCAAGAAGCUCGUCCAGUCUAGUCUGCUGCGCCACGUGAAUGCCAUCAACCGUCUCACGGCUGCCGGCAUGUUCUUUUGGGACUACGGGAACUCGUUCCUGCUUGAAGCCAGCCGCGCCGGCGCCGAUAUCUACAAAACGCCGUCCAACCACGAAGAUGGGUUCAAGUACCCGUCGUACGUCCAAGACAUUAUGGGCGAUAUCUUCUCUCUGGGGUUUGGCCCGUUCCGAUGGGUGUGCGCCUCUGGCAGCCCGGACGAUCUCCGCACGACAGACCGCAUCGCCGCCCGCAUUUUGAAGGCAUACCUCGUCAACGCCCCACCGCGCGUCGCGGCCCAGUUGCGUGACAACAUCAAGUGGAUUGAAGCCGCCGAAGAGAACAAGAUGGUCGUGGGCACGCAAGCGCGCAUUCUGUACGCCGAUCGCUUUGCCCGUCAAAGCAUCGCCGUCGCUUUCAACCAAGCGAUCACGAGCGGUGAAUUGACCGGCCCCGUUGUGCUCAGCCGCGACCACCACGACGUCAGCGGGACCGACAGUCCGUUCCGCGAAACGUCCAACGUCGCGGACGGUUCCAUGUUCACGGCGGACAUGGCAAUCCAGAACGUGAUCGGUGACGCGUUCCGAGGAGCGACGUGGGUGUCCAUUCAUAACGGCGGCGGUGUCGGCUGGGGAGAAGUCACCAACGGAGGAUUCGGCAUGGUGCUUGACGGGUCCAAGGCCGCUGAACGCAAAGCCGCCAACAUGUUGAGUUGGGACGUGAACAACGGCGUAGCGCGUCGUGCUUGGGGCCGCAACGACAACGCGGUCUUCGCCAUGGAGCGCGAAAUGGAAGCCGACCCGCUCCUCAAGGUCACGCUGCCCCAGCACACCGACGACGCCUUGAUCAAGGCCGUGUGCGAUGCUGCGUUCAAAUGAACAUGAGUAGAAGGAGGUAGGGUAUUAAUUUACAGAGGUUUUACCGUGUCCGAAUAAACUUCGAGCGUUUCCGCCGUGCCAUCAUGCGCCGGGAGCCAGACUUGUUGUUUGGCGGGGGUUGUAUGGAGCGUGCAUGGACAUGGGAAUGUGCAGACUUUAUGGCGCUUGAUCCAACUCCUCGUCAUGAUGUUGUGUGCUGCAUUCGGUGGUCCACUACGUACGGCCUCUCGAUGAGCCGCGUCGCAGCCAAACCCGCUCGUCAAGACGUCGAGUCGAAGCGCAAAGACGCAAGUGCCUUGAUAUCCUCGUGACGUUUGCAUUCUGGUUUUUAUGUGCCUGACGCAUGAUGGCACAGUGCGUCGCACGGUCACCGAUCGUCGCUGCUGUGGAGCAUCGAGGACGCUUUUGUAGAAGAGAGUGCCACGAAUGUGUAACUUGAUUGUCAAGCCAAGUUGUGUGUCCCCACGGAAGCUGCGGAUUAUGGUCGUUCGAGCCAUGGCACGAUUUGUUUGAAUCGCACCUUCAUCCUGCCAACAACCUUCAAGGCAUGUUUGGACGAAGGCAUUCCCGCUGGACCUUGACUUUGUUAACGGAGAAGAGGAACGUCUGUUUUGGCAUCAAAUCGUGCAUGCUCGGGUGAACCAAGACUCUGUGCUUGGUGUUGACUGGGGACGUAUCGUGCUGGGCCAGCGACGAAGUCCCUACCGCCUCCCGUCAAAACAUGCGGCACGGUGAGCCCCUUGACAUUCCAUGCCUCCGACCGCAUGGAUCCUUACGAAUGGCACCAUGGUGGAAAGCAAUUGCCCGUUUGCUUUGCAGCGACGGGCGUUGACGGCUGCACCCUGGCGUUGUCGGCGACUGCAACAAUAAUGUGCCGUCCCGGUGUCCAGCCGGA